CCCUGAAAGCCCGGGAUCCAGUCAGUUCCGAGUUCUUGCGGCUGCCCUGUUCAGGUUCCAGGUUUCUGUCUGUGGUGGCUCCCAAAUUCCACUUCCCAGGGCUUGGCCUGGCUGAGCGGAGAUGGCUUCCUUGCAAAGAAAAGGACUGCAGGCAAGGAUUCUUACCUCUGAAGAAAAAGAGAAACUGAAAAGUGACCAAGCUUUGGUGUCUGAUUUUAAACAGCAAAAACUGGAACAAGAGGCCCAGAAGAACUGGGAUCUUUUUUACAAAAGAAACAGUAUCAACUUUUUCAAAAAUAGACAUUGGACCACCAGAGAGUUUGAGGAGCUAAAAUCAUCUAGGGAGUUUGAAGGUCAAAAAUUGACUAUUCUUGAAGCUGGCUGUGGAGUUGGGAACUGUUUAUUCCCGCUUUUAGAGGAAGAUUUCAAUAUCUUUGCCUAUGCCUGUGACUUUUCUCCAAGAGCAGUCGAAUAUGUUAAGCAAAAUCCACUCUAUGAUACAGAGAGAUGCAAGGUAUUCCAGUGUGAUCUCACCAAAGAUGACCUUCUGGAUAAUGUACCUCAAGAGUCUGUGGACAUUGUCAUGUUGAUAUUUGUGCUGUCAGCUAUUCACCCUGAUAAGAUGCACCUUGUCUUACAAAACAUUUACAAGGUAUUAAAACCAGGGAAAAGUGUCUUGUUCCGUGACUAUGGGCUGUAUGAUCACACCAUGCUUAGGUUUAAAGGCAGCAGGAAACUUGGAGAGAACUUUUAUGUUAGACAGGAUGGAACCAGAUCAUAUUUUUUUACUGAGGAAUUCCUGGCUCAGCUUUUUGUGGGGACAGGUUAUGAAGAAGUGAUAAGCGAGUAUGUGUUCCGAGAGACAGUGAAUAAAAAAGAAGACCUGUGUGUGCCAAGAGUUUUCCUCCAAAGUAAAUUUCGAAAACCUCCGCAGGACCUCAGCCCUGCAACCUUGCAUCACCAGGUGUGUGGCAUUUCAUUAAAUACUCUUCAUCGGGUACCAACUCUGGGGUCACUGUGGCUGGGUGUAAGACGGCGGAGAGAAGAGUGUGAGCAGAAGCUGGGAGGCAUCUGCAAUGCUGGAGAUCAACCCAGGAGCAAAUGCAUGUUUGCAAGGCAUUCUGUCACCAACCUACUACCCUAAUCCAGCCCUCAUUUCCUGUCCUAAGAAGUUGGGAAUAUUGUUACCCCUCUUAGAGUUUAAGAGCACAAAGCUUGGAUUUGAACCCUUUUGAACCCCACGAGCUUUGGCCACUCGCUGUGGAAACUACUGAGCCCUUAGAGGAUUGAGGCAGAAUCAGAAACCCUGCUCUGGGCCAGCUGGGCUGUAACUCUUGCUUCCUCAGGUCACCUGUCCACGUGCCACUCCUGAGCACUCGUCACACACGGGAACGUUCCCCCUCUGCAGCUCCAGGCAUCUUCUCCCAAGUUCUGGCUCUACAAGUGCAAAUCCCUGUUUUUCAUUCUCGGGAGCUGGAGACACAGCUGUGAAGUCCCAUUGGCCUGACCCUCAUCAACCCCAGGGAACCUGGACUUUCUAUGCCUUUGCCAAACCUGCUGAAAAUCUGCUCUCCGCACAACCUCACACAGUUUCACUCCAUCUGCCCACAGAAAGAUCUAGGGCGUGGCUAAAGCUGCAGGUCAGUCUUGGGUCAUUACAAACGGGCAAAGGGGGCUUGGCAUGGCGGUGCACUCCUGUAAUCCCAGCACUCGAAUGCUGAGACAAAAGGAUCACAAGUUUGAGCCCAGCUCAGGCAAGAUCCUGCGUCAAAAAUAAAAAAUAGCAAAGUAUGGGAUGUGGUUCACUUGGACGGCCCUGAGUUCAAUAUCUAGUACUGAAUAAAAUAAAUAAAUAAAUAAUAAAUAAAACAACUAAACAAAACCAAAGAGCAGUAGGGACAUUCAGGGGCCAAUUGACACUACAGAAAUCCCUGGACCUUAAAUACCUGUUCAAAUACAGCCCUGGAGGAGGCUGAGAGAUUCCACUUGGCUUCCACUUCUGGAGGCUGCUCUCUUCUGCACCUGCCUGCUGGGCGGUUUGUGGUGACUAAGACCCUUUGUGCCUUGCGGGGCACAGAGAUCGGCUUGGGGCUGGGGGCGUAGAAGAGUGGUGCAUUGGGCUCCUCGCGGGUGCUGGCCCUGGGUUCCAGCCUCAAUACCCAGACGGGUCCUUACCUCUUCCCCUCAGUCUGGGAAGCUGGCGAGCAUUGUUCUCCUGGUGGUGGGAAGACUUGCCCCACACCACCUGUGGGGAGAUGCCUGGAGCCGCACAGUCCUGAAAACUGAUGGGGGCCCCUCCAAGAAAGACCGAGGGGCUAAGAAUGAGCACAGGUGUUGGCAUUAGACAUGGCCCAGACUCAGAGGUCAGCUCUGCCAUUUUAUGGCUAGGUGACCCAGGCAGGUCAGAAUGUGCCUCAGUUCCCUCAGUUGUAAGGGAGGCAGCACAGCACACCUGUACUGCACCCUGAGUUCUGUGAGGAUUAAUGAUACACCCCUCAUAGCCUAACAAGCAGGAAGCCCGACCGGGGUAUCAAACAUGCCUGUUACGUGUGGGCCUGGGCUGUCACCUGCCGUUUUACUUCCUUCCCUCGUGUCUGUGAGACACCAUCAGCACUUCCCGACUGUAGUGCACAGCAGGUACUGCUCAUGUGCAUGAGGUAAUUUUGAAAUCUGACAUCCCAGGAAGAUGACAUGCACAUUGGCCCCACAUUACAUGAGGCAUACCUAAGCUCAAUAACCUGUUCCAGGUCAUGGCACGGCCCAAAUUAAGUGAGAUUUAGAGAUUUGGGGCUGUAAGAUGAUGAAGAUCUGAACCAUGAAAUGGUCAGGACACAACUCCAGGACAGUUUCGUGAGGAAACUUACGGCAAACCUCGGGGACCUGGCACCUCCUCUGCUGUGAUGGGCUGUGGUCUGGGCUCAGUACUAUUGGGAGGUGGUGCACAGCGAGGAGCCCUCCUCUUCUAGGUCCACCGGGACACUUUUCCUCCCGACCCGGUCCGGUCCAGAGGAUGCUGGGUUAAAGGGGUGCAGGUGGGUCAGGUGACCCUACGGCAGCCUGUCCCCGUCCCUUCCACGGCUGCCCCGUGCUAGGUCUGGUGCCUCUCAGUCCUUGUCGCCUCCCGUUCUCAGGCCACCUGUUAAGUGUCGAGCUGGCCUUUCCAGGCUGACCGCUAGGGCGGUCAGGGGCCAGGCUGUGGCCAAGCUACUGAGCGUCUCCGAGAGCCUUUCUAGUUUUAGGGUUUCAGUGUAUUUGUUUAUGCUUAAUUUUUUAUUCUACAGUAACCUCAAAUGUGCCUUAAAAUUGCAAAAAAGUAGUAUAAAGAACUCGUACUCUACUCAAUCUACAAGGAAUAUUUUGCCACGUUUCUUUUUUCAUUAGUUUCCUAUGUACACAUUACCUUUUUUCCAUUUAGGAGUAGUUUGGACACAUCGUAAAUUUUUACUAUUGAAUACUUCAGAGUCUAUUUCUCAAGAACAAGUGUCUUACAAAACCACAGAGCUGUUAUGAGAACCAGCAGGUUUAACAAUGUUACCGUGUUGUUUCUAGCUCUCAAAUCUUAUAGUCACCAGCUGUUUCAAUCACAUAGCAUUCAUAGCAGUCUGUUCUGAUUGAGGACCCAACCCAGGGUUACACAAGGCUUUUGCAGCCCGACUCCGUUUCUUCUUUAGUCUGAUCUGGUGCCCAUUCAUUUCUGUCAUUGUGACCUCUAGGUGCAAGUCACUCAUGCAGUCUGCAUGGGGUGCCCUGGGGGCAGGGAUGCCCUCAUGCCUGUGUCUCUGGAUUUCUCACACGAGUGUUCCUGUGUGCCCUGGGCAGCAGGGUGCCUCUGAGACCCCAAAAGCAGACUGUGGCUUACAUUUAGUGAGUGCUUUGAUCUUUCUGCCCUGGAUGAUGUGGGGGUGCACCUGCUGGACCACAGCAGUUAUAAAGCAACAGUGGCUUCGGGCACGGAGGAGUCAGAUCCUUCAGGCUCACGACCCUCCGUGUACUGGAAACUGACCUCAGAGUGGGCACCCAAGCUGGCACCCAGGUUAAGACCUGCCCAGGCCUUAGGGCAGUGAGAGGCACAGCCGGACUGUUGGGCGCUAGGGUGUGGGCGCCUGCUUGGCGUCGCACACCAUCUUUAAAGCCUCCCACUCAUGAAGGCAGUGUGAGGAGAGCAGGUUUGAGCAGAAGGAGACAUUCCUCAACCACGCAGUGACUCCCAGGUGGGUGCCCCACUCCCAGGAAGGAGCUUUCCCUCCAAAGGGAGAGCCUGAGGCAAAGUCUCCUCCAGCCGGACUUAGAUGCAGGCCAGUGCCGUUCAUAACCUAUGGUCUAAAGACAUGAGCCCUGGAUUUGUUGGAACAAACAGCUCCUGGCCUGAGGCUGGAUUUUUUAAAUUUUUUUGCGUGGAGGGGUUUAGAAGAUCCAGUAUUAAGUCACUGAACAGUUCGAAGUGCUGGGGUUUGAAUAGGGUUUGUCCCCCUGGAGCUCAGGUUGAAGAGGAGCUGAGCAGUGGUGGGGGCUUCAGGAGGUGAUUAGGUCAGUACGAGGGGCCCACACCUUUCUCCCUCGUUUCCCUUUCCAUUUUCCACUCUGAAGUGAAGCAGCACAGGGCCCCUACCAGAUGCAGCUUGUGAUCUUGGACUUUCCAGCUUCCUCACAUGUGAGCCAAAAUGAACCUCUUUUCUUUAUCGAUCAUCCAGCCCCAGGAACUCUGUUCCAGCAACACCAAGGUGAAUAAGACAGUUUCUGCCAGUGGGGACUCAAAUGUAAAUAGUGGUUGGGACUCGCCUUUGGUUUCAUUGAUUUUUCCGUGCCUCUGAGCUAUGGUUCUUAAUCUGGUGGCCACUAAACAGUCAGGAUUCUGAAUGAUCUGCAAAAAGGGUGGGCUCAGGCCAUCUUGAGUCCCCCUGGCUACCAUCUGGUCUAGGCUGUUGCAACUUCUAUAACUUCAGUGCUGGGGAGAGCAACCAACCCUCCCCAUGUGCUCAAAGCUGGGAGUUCCCAGGCCUCCCAGGCCUUGGUGCUAAAUCAGAAAUCCGAAGCAAAUGGGGAGGGAGGUGUCACCUGCUUGUGGGGCACAACAGGGAACAGGAGCAGACUGGGUGGAGGUGGAGGAAUAAUCACGGCCAACAUUCAUUUUGCUUAAGAAAUUUUUUCUCAGUGCUGGGGAAUUUAAGAAUUUAACAUGCAGGGCACACCUGUAAUUCCAGCUCCUGUAAUUCAAGACAAACCUGGGCUGUGUUGUGACAUCCUGUCUCAAAAAAAGAAAAAUUAAAUAAAGAAUUUAAUAAUAUUUGGAAGAAAUUUAAGGGGUAAAUGCUACAUUACCUCUAUUGCAUAGAAGGGUAAACUGGGAUCCAGAGAGGGUAAACUUGAUGGAGGUUAAUGGCAGUUAAUGCCCUCAGUUAAUGGCAGCUUGAGAUUAUGCGGCCCUACCCUAGAGGGAUUGUGUACAACUGUGGCAAAGUCCUGAAGCUGUGUUUAAAAUUAAUCCUCAGAGAUCAGAGGCAAAAGUCAGGAAAAGCUGUGUUUCCAUGGAUACCCACUCUUCUCCAACCCGGCUAGGUGCAAAUGCAGCCA